AACAUUUGGGCGUGACAAGUAGUUUACAAGUGAAGCGUCUUGCACUGAAAUUUUUAUUGUACAAUAUUAGAUGAAGCAAAUUUAGUAUUUUGUUGUCACGAUAAAUCAAACUGUUAUUGAUUGCUUUAAAAUAUGACGGAAUAUAAACUUGUUGUUGUGGGUGCGGGUGGUGUUGGUAAGAGUGCCUUAACGAUCCAGUUAAUUCAAAAUCACUUUGUAGACGAGUAUGAUCCUACUAUAGAGGAUUCAUACCGGAAACAAGUUGUGAUUGAUGGAGAAACCUGUCUCCUGGACAUCCUCGACACAGCUGGUCAAGAAGAAUACAGUGCCAUGAGAGACCAGUACAUGAGGACCGGAGAAGGCUUUCUGUUAGUGUUCGCAAUAAAUAAUGCUAAGUCAUUUGAGGACAUCAGCAACUACAGGGAACAAAUCAAACGAGUUAAAGACGCUGAGGAGGUGCCUAUGGUUUUAGUGGGUAACAAGUGUGACCUACCGACACGAGCAGUGGAGGUACAAACAGCGACAGAUAUGGCUCGAUCAUACGGAGUUCCAUUUGUCGAGACAUCAGCCAAGACGAGACAAGGAGUGGAUGACGCAUUCUAUACACUAGUACGAGAAAUUAGGAAAGAUAAGGAACAUAGAGGGAAGGACAAGCGCAAGAAGUCCCGGUUAGGUGCUAGAAGAAGAAAACAUUGUCAUCUGUUGUAGGAAGUGAAAAGUGAUGUAGACUGUACAUUCCUCCAGGAUAGGAUGUUGUGCGAGCACUCGCGCGUCGGGUGGGCAAGGACAAUCACUGCCAGGCACUGGGACAGGUGUAAACACUGAGGUGCUACCGUUGUAAUUGGCGUUAGGUUUAUUCCGUUAUGCUUUUUAAUAUUAUUCUACAAGUAUUCAUGCUUGAUGUAAUCCAGUAUCUUUUAUAUUGUUUAGCAUUACUGCUUUUAUUGUAACCGUUAGAAUGCUUCAAAUGAAUAUUUAAGUCAGUGAUUUCUAUAUCAACAGAUAAGCCAGUCGGCUCCAUUUUGUUGUUAAUAUAAAUAACGAAUAACUUCAAGAGCUAUAACCGGGAAAAAUAAGAAAAUGGAAAAAUCCUGUAAAUUAAAAGGAAAUAAGUCUUGAACCAUAAAAAAAAUGUAUUAAAAUACAACAUUCAAAUUGUUAAGAGAGAGACUCAAGAAUGUUUGAACAGGAAAUGAUGAAUUUUAGUAGAAGACGUUUUUGACUAUGGAGUGUAGUUGAGCUAAUUUGUAUUAAUAUACAGUAGUUUAAUAAUUGAAUUUUCAUGUAACAUUUUGUUAACCAUCCAAUAAGUGUCAUCUUACUUGUUUUCUAUAAACAAAUACAAUUCAAUUGACUUGGUACAAUUGGACAUUGAACAUCAAUUUGGCCUCUGAAAAUUUGACAAAUCCAUUAUAAUUAGCACAUUGCAUAACUCGCAACAACAUUCACUUUUGACUAACCCAUUGUGUUUUGUUUCAUUUCUUUUUUUUAAACUAAUAAAUAAUCUUGAAUAAUAAUAGAAGCUAACUUAAAUUUGUCCAUUAAUGCAAUUGUGCCAUUCACGUAAAAGAUUUGACAUGUUUCAUGGCCUUACUCAUUAAAACGUAUUUCUGAGCUUCA